CCAGACAACUCGCGCCGCCGCCUGACGUCACCCGCGCCGUCGCGUCACUGCUGCGCGCCACGGGUCCGGGCGUGAUGGCGGCGCUGGGCGGGGACGGGCUGCGUUUACUGUCGGUAUCGCGGCCAGAGCGGCAGCCCGAGUCAGCCGCGUUGAGCGGCCCGGGCCCAGGGCUGUGCUGCUGGGUGUCUGUGUUCUCCUGCUUCAGCCUCGCCUGCUCCUACGUGGGCAGCCUCUACGUGUGGAAGAGCGAGCUGCCCAGGGACCACCCCGCUGUUAUCAAGCGGCGUUUCACCAGUGUCCUGGUAGUCUCGAGCUUGUCCCCACUUUGCGUGCUGCUCUGGAGGGAACUCACUGGCAUCCAGCCAGGCACAUCACUGCUUACCUUGAUGGGCUUCAGGCUGGAGGGCAUUUUUCCAGCAGCUCUGCUGCCCCUGCUGCUAACUAUGAUCCUUUUCCUGGGUCCACUGAUGCAGCUCUCUAUGGAUUGCCCGUGUGACCUGACAGAUGGGCUGAAGGUUGUCCUGGCCCCUCGUUCUUGGGCCCGCUGCCUCACAGACAUGCGCUGGCUACGAAACCAAGUUAUAGCACCCUUGACAGAGGAGCUGGUGUUCCGGGCUUGUAUGCUGCCCAUGCUAGCACCGUGCACAGGUCUGGGCCCUGCUGUGUUCACCUGCCCACUGUUUUUUGGAGUCGCCCAUUUUCACCACAUUAUUGAGCAGCUGCGCUUCCGCCAAAGCAGUGUGGGAAGUAUCUUCUUGUCUGCAGCCUCCAUCUCCAGCGUUCCAGUUCUCCUACACCGCUGUCUUCGGUGCUUAUACGGCUUUCCUCUUCAUCCGCACAGGACACCUGAUAGGGCCGGUUCUCUGCCACUCCUUCUGCAACUACAUGGGCUUCCCUGCUGUGUGUGCAGCCCUGGAGCAUCCACAGAAGUGGCCACUGCUGGCGGGCUAUGCCCUUGGUGUGGGACUCUUCCUGCUUCUGCUUCAACCCCUGACAGACCCCAAGCUCUAUGGCAGCCUUCCUCUUUGUAUGCUUUUGGAACGAACGGGGGCCUCAGAGACCCUACUGUGCUCCUGACCAUCACUCUUGUGUGCACUACAGUGAACUCUGAUGGGCUCUCCAGCCCCUCCUUAUCAAGGAAUACUGCAAGAGAGGGGCUGGCUGGGGUCCCCGAGAUCUCAGGAAUUUUUGUAGGGGAUUGAAGCCAGAGCUAGUUGAAUCCCAGGGACCAAGAGAAAGGAGCAGACAUCCAAAGGGUGCAGCCCCUCUUGAUGGGGCGGAUGAGCAGCAACUGGAAGUGAGGGGACAAGGGCAAAUCCUAGGAGCUGUGCACUCCCUCUUUGGAUUGAUGCUUCUCUAGCUCCUUUGCGUCUCCCCUUCUCCCUUGAAAAGCUGCUGGGGUGGGUUUAUUUAUCAAACCCCUCCUCCCAACUUCCCAGGGUUUUCUCAUUGUCUUUUUGCAUCAAGACUUUGUAUUGGGAUAUUAAAGAGAUUUAACUUGGGUA